UGGGGAGAUGCUGCUGCUGGCCCUGUUGUGCCCAGGGCAGGCAGGUUGCUAGGCUGGGCUGCCCUGCUCCCCCUCCCUGCCCAUCGCCCCCUCUCACUCAUGGCUGUGGACAAGGCUCUGGGCUGUGGCCUGCACUCGAGGUAGGUGCAGAAGUUGGCUGCAGGCUGAGUGCAGUGCAAGUAAUUGACCAUUGGAACAACUUACCAAGGGUUGUGGUGGAUUCUACAUCUCGACAAUUUUUCAAUCAAGAUUGGAUGUUUGUCUAAAGAUUUGCUCUGGGAACUAAUUUGGAGAAGUUCCUGCUGGAUACAGUAAUGACAUAUCUUGGUACUCGUGGGCCUACAUUUCCAUGCCAACAUGGAGGUGGUUCAGUCAGCCCCUUUAGAAUUCAGUCAUGCAGAAAAAUCGUUUAAGAAAGUACCCACCAUCCUUUUGGACAACCUCGUGGAGGAGCCUCAAAAGGGAAAUAGUGUCCCCAAUCACCUGCUGGAGUCGAAGAUUUAUGCAAAACUUCUGAGAAACAAGGUCAUACAGGCUAAGCCUGCCGUACUGCAUUAUGGAGGGUAUGAAAUCGAAAAACAUCACCAGCAGAUCCUGAAUCUGGUAAAUAUUUCUGGCGAUGUCAUAAAUCUUCACAUUAUACCACCCCAGACAAAAUACUUUCACAUCAAAUACAACAAAACACAUCGGCUCGUCCCUGGCUUGUCAUUUGCCGUUACAGUUGAUUUUUGUCCUGAUGAGUGGCGAUAUUACUAUGACUGUAUCCGAAUUCACUGUCCGGGAGAUGACACUUUGCUUGUUCCUAUCCAUGGCUACCCUGCUGUGAACGUUGUAGAAUUUCCAUCAUUUAUAAGCUUAUCAGAUGUUUCUCUUGGACAGAGCAAGGAGUAUGUGAUCCCUUUGCAGUGCAGCUGUCCGAUAGAGUUUGAGUUCCAUAUCGAUUACAUUCAGCCUCACAAAGCCUUUACCAUUCAGCCAAUCUCAGGAAUAAUUCCAGCCAGUGGGAAAAUGGAUGUGGUUGUUAAAUAUGCACCAUUUGAAUAUGGAACGGCACAGAUGAAAAUGCAGUUGUGGAUUGCACAGUUUAACUCAAAACCCUAUGUAUGUGUAUUCACAGGAACAUCAACGCCCCAUGGGGGUUUAAUAAAGGAAGAAUUUAAAACACAUAAAACUCUCUCGGAGAAGAAAACAGUGUCACUAGGAAAACAAGUGGUACGGAGAAAAGACCAUUUAAAGCAUCCACAAUCCAGCCAAAUUCAGAAAGUAAAGGAGAUUGAAUACCACAACCUGCGAUUCCCAGCAGAUUUGUCAAAUCCCUAUGCUGUGGCAACGGUUUUGAUUCAAGAGCCUGGCAAAUUAAAGAUUAAACACUUGAAAGAAGUCCUGUACCAAGGUAAUGAAGGUGCAAAAACAAGACAGAUGAAGGAAGCUGUAUUUGAACUAAAAGUCAAACAAGAUAUUCAGGAAGAAGCAGCAAAUCAACUUAAGUGGCAGGUUCAUACAGGUAAAGAUCCAGUUUCUAUGAAAUUUAAGAGAGAGGUUAUCGAAGAACGACAGCAGGAAGACGAGCAAUACAAGAUCGAAAGGGGAGAUCCCAUUAUAGAGAGAGAAUUUCAAAGGAAUAAAGUGGAAGUUUCUUUCAGACGUUGUAUCCGGGCUGUCGAACAGUGUCCAAGUGUCCAGCCCAAAUUUGACCUCCUCCUUAACGAUCCUUGGGCCAACAGACACAGGAUUCUAAGACGAUUUCAACAAGCAGCUCGCCGGGUCCUGAUUCAGUGGCGGCUAAAUCGUGUAUUACUUUUGUUCCGUGGACUAGAGAGGGACGUCAAAGAGCAUAGUGAUGAAGAAAGCUCUGUAUCAGAAAACAGCAGUUUGAAAAUCAUCAGCUCAACAGCUACGGGUGAAGAGCAUAAGAGUGUUGCUUUCAACUUGUCUGUAGAUCGCAUAUUACCUUUCAGAUUCCCAACCUACCAUCCACCUCAGUGGUCUGAUGAACUGGCUCCCGAUGGUCUUGGUCCAGUUCCUGUCAAGUCUUUAGACAUGAAAGUCAAGCACAUUCACCCAUUCUAUGACUUAAAGGUUCCUCAGCACUUCAGCAUUAUGGGGUACCAGCCAUUUUGUAUACACUAUGCAUCAACAAGUUAUAAACCUCAAAAUCUUUCCCGACCAUUAAAGCAGGGAGCCAAGGAUGAGCUGAUCUCAGUAGUAACUUCUCCAAAGCCACAGCUCAGUCCUCCCUUGCCACAGGAAGAUCUACACGAACACCCAGGAGAGAAAUCCUUGGAAAGGGCCACGAGCCUUUUAAACCUGGCAGCUCCCAAAGCAUUACUCCAAGCUCCAGACAGUCACCCACUUCGCAUAUUUAAUCCUACUCCAGGACUGUAUGUCUGUAUGCAGCCUUUGGACUAUUCAGAAACAAACAUUGAGUAUCAUCUUUGCCCUCAUCCAAAAUAUAGAUUCACCAAAGAAUAUCCCACAGGAUCCAGCAUUCCAAUUACACAAAAGAAAUUUCUGCAUCACAAGGAAGUCAUUCGAGGAGUAACGUACUGGAGACGAUUCCCAUCAGUGGUUUAUUCAGCCUUGUCUAAUGCUCCCACCCUGGCAAGCACAGUGAUGCAUCAUUGUAGUGAUCCCUACAAUUUAGAUAUGCUUCCAAUAGAGGUACCACCAAUGCUGGAUGACUUACCAGAGAGAGACAAGGAAAAUAUAAUUGGCUGUGAGACUGAAGCUGAGUUAAAAGUGGUUCUUACUCCGGAUAUGCUGAAAGCCGAAUUUCCACAGAUUGAAUCAGGGGAAGAAGUCAAAAGUAAACCACUGAGAGAGGGAAGCGAUACACCCCUGGAUGUUAAACUUGCUUCCAGCAACAUAGUGGAUACCUCGUCUCCUCUUUCUGGAGACCCGAGAGACCAUCUGGAUUGGUAUUUACAAUCCCAGAAUAGCAAACUCAGAGAGAGACUGCAAGGACACAUGGAGAAAAUGAAGCAGAAAGCACUCAACAAAACUCUCAUUCUGGAAUAAGCUAGUUCACAAAUUCCACAACUCUGUCGCUAAUGUGCUGUAUCUCCACCCCACAGUAUUGCUGGUUCAGGACUUCUGUAUCUGUGCAGAACAGGUAUGAAAUUAUGUUCAACAAGCAACAGAUUCCUGUGUAGGCCCAAGCAUCCUCUAGUAUAAUCUCAGCUAUGGCCCUUAGUGUAUAUAUUGCAUAUGAGCUUAAUGAUCUCUCUGUGAGGGAUUCUUCCCUACAUGCUCAUUCAUUGUGCACUGGGGAUAAGUGCUGGAAAACUACCCCAGCACAUGGAUAUUUUGUAGUUUUAUAUACAACUUUUCCCCUCACCUAUUUAAUGGACUCUUGCCUCUGCCACUAAGUACUGUUAUAUGCAUUUUGUCUGAGAGUAUGUGCUGCUUUCAAAUAAAAUGUAAAAAAAUCAACAUGAAGAAAUUGUUUGGAUUUCGUUAGUUUUUGUAUUGUUUGGAUAUAGAUUUUGCACACACGCUAGAAUAAAUUCCACAACUGAGCUGCAGUACAGCCCAGUGGCCUGUUCAUGAGUUGUUGCAGGUGGGUCACUGAGAACUGGUCGACACUGGGAAUUUACAUCAGCCUAGCUACACCGCUCAGGGGUGUGACAAAUCUACACCCUGAGAGAUGUAGCUAUGCCAACCUAGCCCCUGGUGUAGACAGUGCUAGGAUGAUGGAAGAAUUCUUCUGUCGAUUUAGCCACUGCCUCUGAGGCCAUGUCUACACUACCACUUAUGUCAGCAAAAGUUAUGUCACUCAGGGAUGUGAAAAAAACACACAGCCCUGAGCGACAUACAAUAGAACUUCAGAGUUACAGACACUUCGGGAAUGGAGGUUGUCCGUAACUGAACAAAACACAGCUCCGGCUCCAGCAAUUCACACUCAAGGCCAGGUUGCAGAGGCAUCUAGACAGCUUCCUUGCAGGCAGCUUCUAAGCUUGUCCUCCACCAGACCAGGGUGGUGGUGAUGAAAACAGCACAUCCCCCUCACAGCCAGGGGCAUGUCUGUGUGAAAACAGCACUCCUCACUCCUGGCCAGGGGAGGGUGGGUGAAUACAGCACCCGCAGCUUACAGGAAAGCAGCACAGACCCCAGUGCUUCUCCUGCUCUGGCUGCCUAGAGCUGGCAGCAGGGGCCUACAGCUUUGCCUGCGAAUCUCAGUGUAUUCAACUCCUGUAAGUGGGUGCCAUGUGCGUGGGGCUGGGGGUAAGGAGAAGGGUGAGGACAGGCAGCCAGGGCCGGCGCUACCAUUUAGGCAGCCUAGGCAAUCGCCUAGGGCGCCUGGUUAAUUGGUGGGCGUCAUUUUGCUGGAGA